AUGAUCCAAUCGGAUCCAAUCGACAUGGAGAUGUUCAUCCGUUGUGAUCCAUCUAUCCCAUUCUGGUGUGCUGAAUUCCGCAUCUACGAAAUGGAUCUUAUUCUAGACGAGUUAAUCCUAGGAAUGACAUUCUGCACUCAUAAACGUGAAAGAAACUUCUUAUUUACAAAUAAGACUCUGGGGGGUGACGAAAGAACUAAUCACUAUGAAUUCAAUUACAUGAUCGAACACAAUUGCACGAGUUCGGGUUCUACGCGUUGCCUGUUUGAUGGAAACAACGAGGUCAGCGUAAGCGUCUCUAGACGGCACUACGUGGAAUUCCAUCAGGCGUUAUUCAAUCGCGGGGAUGAUAAUGAUCAUUGUCACUUCUGA